AUGACGUAUCAGACCGCACAAUACGCACAGAUGGAGUUGACCGCCGCGUUCUUAUAUGAAGAUCUUCUAGUGUCUCAGUUGAACGCACACAGUCGUCAUAUCUAUAUCGACAUUCAGUUGAAGAAGGACGUGCCCUACACAUCAAAUAUGUCGGCUUCUCGAUCAAAGCCCAAUUGGGCGCGCAUCGCUUUAGCCGGCAACCUGUGGCUGGCUGUACUCCUGUCAGGUGCGAAAAUUAUGGAUUAUUGA